UGGUUGGGAUUAAGCUCGUGCUGCAGGUUGGACGGGAUUACAGGGCGCAGCGCAGCGCAGUUCCCCGUGCUGUGCGCUCUGCUAUGGACUUGUCCGCACGGCAUUUCUCCGUCUGUCUGAACUGUUAGACAUCUGCGACCCAUUACCCACACCCUUCAAUCCAUCUGAUCCUGGUGAGAUACGCGCUUUAUGGAAACAUGGCCGACGUCCCUCAGCUAGUUAAAAUUGGGAUUUCUUUGAAGAUGCUUCCAAACAACACGGCGGUGUACUUCAAGUCAGACGGAGCCAGGUUUGGACAGACCCGGACCAUCAAGCUGCUGACAGGGUCUAAAUACAAAAUCGAUGUGGUUGUCAAACCAGGAGCGGUGGAGGCCACAUCCAUGAGUAUAGGUGGGGUGACCUUCCCUCUCGAGCAGAAGUCUAAAGACCCUCAGUCAGUCGUCUAUACAGGCCAGUAUGACACAGAUGGGGUGGCACACACCAAGAGUGGAGAGAGGCAACCAGUUCAAAUCAACAUACAGUUCACAGAGGCGGGCUCAUUUGAAACAGUGUGGCAGGUGAAGUACUACAACUACAACAAGAGGGACCACUGCCAGUGGGGAAACAGCUUCAACAGCAUCGAGUACGAGUGCAAACCCAACGACACACGCACACUCAUGUGGGUCAACAAGGAGAUGUUUGUCUGAUGGAGGAAAAGCUGCAAGGUUUCUAAUAAGAGGAAAUGUUCAUUACUGAAUUUAAGACAUUUUUUUUCAUUGUUGUCUGACGGUAGUGGGUGUCUCUUUCUGUCCCUCUUUUCCAUAUCGUCUGUCAAUCCACUUUACAUAACCUUUUUAUCAUAUUAGAUUUCAAUCCUUCCAUCAUCAAUAUCCGAAAACAUAUCUCUUUAUUUAUUUAUUUGUUUAUUUGCUGCAGAAAAUUGCAUCAGAUUUAUCGCCAAUUACGACCAUA